AUGAGAAACGCGGCGAAAGCAGACGACAGGAGGAGAUCCGACGCCGCCACCCGAACAAAAGAGGUCAAAAAGGCGGAAAAUAAGAGACGGCGGAGCAACGUGGGCUGCGUUAGCCUGGGAGGUAUCUGCCAGACGGACCGAUUCAUCUGCCAAGGUCGAUACCUGAGAGACAAGUGUUCAGGGUCUACGACGAGGCUGUGUUGUAUGCCAGAUGUAGCAUGGAGUGUCCUAUGUGCCGGUCACUACAACAACAGAGUGAGAGGCUGCGAUCUGCACGGCUGUGGAGCGUUUAACUCCAGGGGAAAUUGUGACCUCCAACGGGCUGUGGACUUGGUGUGUUCUGACUACGGUACUGUAAACGCUCCGUUCUCUGGUUCUCUGGCUGGUCCAGUGAGUCAGAAAGACCAUGCUGGGUUCCAGUACGAUGGGGUCAAACUUGUCAAUGACGUGCACUGUGUGAAGAUCCUUAACAUCCGGCCGUUGCGUUAUAUCGGAGCGGUGGCUCAAGGGGACCCGCUGGGUUAUGUGUUGCCCCUGCAAGAACGCUGCUCUGGCAUCACCUCUCACCUCAAACUGCGGAUGUGUGACGGCACCGACCCUUCACCUUUCCUCUGAAGGACCUUUUGUCAUCGGCAUCCUUCAUUUAUGACAAUGUUGGAUACAUGACCCAUGUAGAAAAUGUAUGAGAUAUAUCAGUUACCUUUGCAAUGUCAUAAAAAAUAUAUAACAUUUGUAUUGAUUGAUCAAGAAACUUAUUUUUCGUUAUUUAACAAUAUUUUGGAAUUUUUUGCCUGUAAAUUUUAUGAAACGGCAGCUUCAUCAGUAUUUGCAUUUUAUUGUGAUAAGACUUCCUUCAUUCCUAUUGCAUUCAACUUUAUUGCAUUGUUAUUUCUAGUAAAAUAAAUUCCCGAUAUAGUCUGGUUUCAAUUUUAUAUUGUGACAAUUUACCCCAUUUAAUUAACACCAUACAUUACAAGUCAUGAAAAAUACUAAAUAUAUGAUUAAUAACAAAUACAUGGUACAUAUUAAAUAAAUCAAAUGGGUCAUACAUAAUAAA